CGCAAAGCACCAUUGACGAGCCACCAAAAAGAAAAAGAGAGGGACGCCAAGCCAAACCCCUCCACGCUCGAGACCAUGCUUCGUGACCGCGGCAAGACCCGCCACCGGGGACGCGGGCUCCUCGAUCGCGGACGAAGAACGCUGGUGGUGGCACUGGCCUGGCUCUGCCUGCUGGCACGGUCUCCCGUCCCGGCACUCAGCCGCGAGAGCCAAAGCAGCGGUGCCGGUGCCGAUGAUUUUCGAGCCGGACCCCGCAGCGCCGGAAACUCCACCGGAACCGCCACCGAGGCAAGAGAGCUUCUCGAGGAGAAGCGGGGCCUCCUCGCCGGUCCCUCCGCCGACGACCAUUCCCUGUUUUCCGAUCACUCCUGUACCUGCCACCCGCCGGCGUCGCCCCGGGCCCACGGGGACGAUCGGCCCCCCGCCGUUUGCACCGGUUCCCACGAGGGCGGUGCCGGCAGCGACGGACCCUGCCUGGCGCGGAUCUUUUACCUGAUCGGCAUCCACAACGAGCGCACCCUCGAGGACGCCCUCUACCUCUUCCGGGCCAUCAGGCACCCCCGGAACACGAUUCUCGUCCACAUCGACGCCAAGUUCGGCCUCGGGCCCUACCACGGCUCGCCCCUCCAAAAGGAAAUCGAGGCCUGUCCCUGCGGCUCCUUUGUGGAGGUCGACUCGGUCUACGACUGCGAGUGGGGAGGCUGGUCCAUGAACCUCCCGACGCUGUGGGCCAUGGAAAAGGCCGUGCGAGAGCACGCGGGAGACUGGGACGUCCUGGUCAACCUGAGCGGGGACUCGCUGCCGGUCUACUCCCAGGACCGGAUCGCCCGGUUGUUCGGUGGCCCGCUGAGGGGGACCAACUUUGUCACCUCGAUCGCCUGCGAGACCGGCCUGGUUCCCACCCCGAUCCUCGACUUUCCCAAGAAGUGGCACAAGCGGUCGCACUACUCCCACCAUCCCCCCACGAACCUGGAGUACGUCGACGACACCGGGACGAUCCACCACGACACAAACGUCGACAUCUACUUUGGGAGCCAGUGGGUCUCCCUGACGCCCGGGUUCUGCGGGUUCCUGGUCGGGCAGCUCGCGCGCCCGGACAGCCUGCCGAGCCGGUUCCGCGACUGGCUGGUGGACACGGAGAAACUCAUGGCGGACGAGACCUUCUUCACGUCGAUGCUCAUGCGGUACUUUCCGGAAACGGUUCCGAGGCUCGGGGACGACGGGAUCUUCCUGGACGCGGAUCCCGGGCUCUCCAUGUACGCGAUCCGGUACGAACGAAUGGACGAGCACGUCCCGACCUCGAAGGGGUACUAUCCGACGGAGCAGCGCUACGAGGUUCCCGCUUCGACCGGGAUCGGGAAACCCAGGCCCUGGGGUCCGUAUUUUUUGGGGUGCGUGCGUCGUUGUCCGCCUUGGGUGCUGUGUGCGGUUGGCAUUUUUCGCUCUGUUGCUUUGUUUUGUUUUGUUUUGUUUUGUUUUGUUUUGUUUGGUUUGGUUUUGCAUCGACGAUUCUCGCUCACCCGUGCUUGCUCUGCAAUCGCGACCCGCCGCUGCACCUUCCGAACAGGACCUACGACCUGAACAACAUACGGGUGUCCGGUGCCCUGUACGUCCGCAAGGUCGCCCGGGCCAUCGAUCCGAACAUGUACACGAUUCUCCCGGUCGACAGGCCGGACCAGAUUCCCCCCAUCUCCUGGCCGGCCGAGGUCGAGAUCGGGCCCGUUCCGGACUGGGAAAAGACCAAGGCGGAACUCAUCGACAAGGCAAAGAAAAAGCGCGCAGAAAAAGCCAAGAAGCACUGACCGCAGCGAAAACCCUUGCUGUACUUAGUCACACAAAAGUAGAUUGUACGAUAGCUACUAGAUCAUUACCACGUUUCCACCCA